AUGGAGCUCUCGAAGCAGGCGCGGGGCAGCGGGCCGGCUUCGCGACCGUUACCAUCGGCGGCCCUCAAUUCCAAGCAGCCCGCGAACCACGCCAUGGUUGGCCCUGGCAACUGGGGGGCGCAAGUGCCAACCAGCGCCUACCUGAUCGUGCCCAUGGGUGGGCAGCCGGCGCAGGUUGGUGCGUCUAGUCCCAACGCGUCGCACCAUCCUGGGGCGAGGCCUGUGAGUAGGGUGUCCUUGAGGCCGCCGCAGCAGGUGCUGAGUGUCCAGCCGACUUUGCCAGUGAUUCGGGCAUCACCAGCUCCGUCUGUUAUGAGAAAGAAGGUGGCGGCAUCGCCCAAGGUUCAGAUGUUGAAGCCUGUCCCAUCCCAGGUACCACAUGCUAGCAAGGGUUUUGUGCAAAAGGGGCCUCUAUUGAAAGCACAUCCACAGUUGUCUGACUCUGAGACCGUGAGAUCAAAGUUCAGGGAGAAUCUAGGUGCUGCCUUGUGUGUGGAUUCUGAUCAGCAGAUUGUGCAGAAAUCUGCUGGAAAUAUUUCAACUUUUAGAUCUGCCUGUGAGACAAAGCAUGCAGACGGUGGUACAUUGCAGAAACCAAGCACAUGCAUAACCUUGAAUGAAGGUAAAGCUGAUACUGGUACUGGCCCCAAAUCUGUUGGUAGCAUAAGCGAACAACAUGAUACGUUAAGCGGUGGAAUUUUGGGAUCAAACAUGGCCAUCAAAGUGAGUAAAGAUGCACAGGAACAAUCAAUACAUGUUUGUUUGGAAAAUGAUGUAUCGGGUAACAGCACUGUUGCUUCAGAUGAAUUUUUGCAACGCCAUGGGCCUCUCUGUGCUCCUGACAUUGUCGUUGGAGCUUCUGAAUCCAUUUCACCGUUUAAUUCAAAGAGAGCCACAACUUCUGAUACUGAUGAUGGGGCUACUGUACCUCUGAAUGAGCCUGAGUUUAAAAGAACAAAGACUUCAGAUGGUGUAACAUGGGAACAGAAGGGUAUAGUUCUAAAGGGGCAAUCUUUGGCACUUAGAAUUGAAGAGGAUCUGUUCAAACUAUGUGGAGGGGUGAGUAAGAAAUACAAGGAAAAAGGCAGAUCACUUUUGUUUAAUUUGAAAGAUAAAAGUAAUCCUGUGCUGAGGGGACGGGUCUUAUCUGGUGAGAUUACACCCAAAUGUCUAUGUUCAAUGACUACUGAAGAACUUGCUUCAAAGGAGCUUUCGGCUUGGCGGCUGGCUAAAGCUGAAGAGCUUGGUAAGAUGGUUGUUCGUCCUAAUAGAGAAGUGAACAUUCAACGAUUGGUGAGGAAAACACAUAAAGGUGAAUUUCAUCUUGAAGUGGAGGAGACUGAUAGCAUUUCAGUCGACGAUGAGCUCAGAGGUGAUUUGCUUUCUCAUAUUCCAUCAAAAUCUAUUGAAGGUCGAAUCAAAUCUGAUGAUGGAGUAAGUGUACACAGGGGAGACAUGGAACCUGAUAACACUGUGCAAGAUGGAUUUGCUGGGAUUGGCAACAGUAGUCUCUUGAGUAAUUUAGAAUGCGUAGCAAACAAGAAGACUGCUUUCAUUCAGGAAAAAGUGCAUGACAUGAAGUAUACAGAGAAUCUUCCAGAAAUUGUGUGUCUGGAUGAUUUCAUGGAGGCCCCUGAUUCUGAUAUACCCUUGGAAUGCCAUUCCACUGAAACUGCACAAGAUGAUCCUAAUUUUACUGAUAGAGCUUUCCACACGUUGAAGCCAGAGAAAAAUCAUAUAGGGGAGGAUAAUGCUGCUCCAUCAGAGUUCGGAUGCACAUAUGUUGCACCAUCACCACAAGAUAAUUGUCAGGUCGGCAUAAGAUCACCCAAAAAUGGAUCAAUUCGCAUCUUGAGUCCGGCUAAACAACCAAAGGGAGGUUUGUUAAUCAAAUCUUCCCCUGAAAAGAUGGAUGCUGAAAUACCUGAUACUGGAUGUGCUAUGCAGUCAAAGGCAAUUUCUUUAUGGGAGGGAACAAUUCAGUUAAAUUUGUCUUCACGUAUAAAUGUUGGAGCUAUCUUCAAAAGUGGUGAAAAGCCAUCAACAAAUGAGUGGUGCCGCUUUGUUGAGAUCAAGGGAAGAGUGAGUCUUACUGCUUUUCAAGACUUCCUUGAACAACUGCCUAAAUCCAGGAGCCGUGCUGUAACGGUAACUGAGUUGCGUUGGAAGGAGGGUUCUCAUGAAAGUGGUCGGCAGCAAUUCAUGCAGACAAUUGACUCAUAUAUUGCAGAUGAGAGAGUAGGACUCGUAAAGCCUGCUGAAGGGGUGGAUCUCUACGUAUGCCCUUCUCAAGGGAAGACAGCUCAGGUUCUCACAGAUCACCUGCCAAAGGAGCACUCAGGCAUCCCAACUGUGACCGGAGGAGUACCUGUUAUUGGUGUCUUUGUGUGGCAGAGGCACCGUGUUUGUACCCAAACACCCACAAGGCAUGAGGGUUCCACGGUGCAGUCGUCUAUGCCCAUCUCAAGGAAGCAGCAGGCUGUGAUUGCUACUACUUCCGUGCCCAUGUCUUCCCAGCUUACCAGACCUGCCUCCCAAUUUGUCCACCCCAAUGAGCAUCAUUGCCUUGAGUAUGAUGCUACCUACGAUGUUCCUCCGGGCUUUGGCCAAGGCGUCGUCAAGGAUGACAAUGACCUUCCUGUAUAUGACCGUGCUAGCAUCUCAAGCAGAUCCCUGUCCCCAAAUGAAGCUAUGCCAUAUUCCUACGGGAGGCAGCAGCAUGGGCAGGCUCCUCCCCCAAUGGACCUAGUCAGUCAACUGGUUCGCAAGUAUGGAGGAAUGUAUGAUUCAGCCCAGCCCUGGGACCGCAGCCAUGACGACUUACCAGAAUGGGAUCCAAGCUUGAGUGGUCGCCGGUAUAAUGCAAGGCAGCAGCAGCCUGUGUUGCCAUGCCCCUUGUCCCAGGCUUACACUCUGGCUCAGGAACAUGCCAUGACCGUGCAGUGGCCCUGGAAUCACCAUGCUGAAGCUCUAUCCGUGCAGCCUGGCUGGCAGUCCAGCCCUCAGUGGCAAGACAUCCGGCAGGGGACCAGGUUUGUUGUGGAGCCCGACGUGGUUGUGCCCAAGCCGACCUCACUGAGAGGGGCCAGGGUGCCAUGGCUUGGAAGUUGA